UAAAAAUAAAAAAUGAAAAGAUUUUCAAAGUUUUACGUGGUCAGUCAUCACUCUCUCUCACACUCUGAGUCUCUGUAUCUACUCGCCGCCGGCGAGAGAAGUCCCAAACCUCCUCCACCGCUUCAAGACCAGCAUCUGACUCCCUUCCCACUGGACACCCUACCAUCGCCGCGCCCACUCGCCCUCCACCUCUCUCGAAUUCAAAUAGGGAACUCAUUGUUGUGAUGGUGUUCUUAAAGGACAUUACACCAGCUGCAUCAAAUAAUAUAGACACUAGAUUCAUACUUUUGGACACAGGAAAGAUAUCUGCAGAAGGCCAAAACAAGACAUGUUUGGCACUUGUGGCAGAUGAGACUGCUGCAGUUCAUUUUCAGCUCUGGGGACAGGAAUGUGAUACUUUCCAGACAGGUGAUAUCAUGCACCUCUCCAAUGGCAUAUUUUCUUACCAGCGUAAAAAUCUUGUGUUAAGGGCAGGCAAGAGAGGGAAGAUUGAGAAGACCGGUGAAUUUACAUUGUCAUAUGUCGAAAUGCCAAAUAUGAGUGAAAUUAAUUGGGUUCUUGAUCCUAAUAACCGAAACAAGUAUAUUCAGGGAACUAUAAUUUCUAAUUACUCACGCAUCUUUCCUCCGGUUCGUUAGCUUUGGUGUCCUUUUGUUAAGAGUUUGUUGUAUAGUUUUCCAUCUCAAGCCGUAUUGCCUCUGUUACUUUGUGAAACAUUCCUACUGCAAGAGUGGCAUGACAGUGACUGUUCAGAACAGCUAUUGGAAAACUUUGUUUCUGUCACUUGUGUGGGCUACAAAUAUAUUAUAUAACGAGCUACCGUUACUUCUAGAUAGACAGAUGAGUCGUGUCAAUUUUGUGUCUGGUACCUCGAUCAGCUGUUUUUAGGAGUAUUUAUCAUUGUACAUAUCUGCUAUCGAUGACAUUUUGUGGAAUGUUUUAUUACUCCAGCAUUGUUUAUUCUUCGAUGGUAAAAAUUGUGUUUGCUUGAUGUGAAAUGGCAAGUGGUAACAUCACUUAUUUGGCACCAAAAGUUGUUUGUAAAUAUUGUUAUUGCAAAUUGUCAUGCAAUGCAAUUCAUGAUUAUACUCCUCAAGAGUCUACUACUAAUUUCGUUGA